GUCGGAUCUUCGGUGCGGGGUGGAGCGGAGAGAAUGUAGCGUUGAGGAUUUUAACAAGAAACAAUUUAAGAAUCGCGCUCCUGGCCGUGCGAAAAGCGCCUGGUCGAAUCGUUUAAAUGUCCCCUUUGGUAGCGUGGAUUGCGUGUGUUUAGUACCCGGUGUGCUGCCGUUACAGACUGUGUUGUUUUCGUGCCGGCAAGCCAACCAAUUUGAAACCCCCCAAAAAAGUUUCCACUUUUUCAUUCCCCCAGAAAAGUGACAAUUAUUCGUGGCCGUGGUCGGCGGAUGCAGCUGCAAAGCGGGCGGCGAUUGAAGUAGUGCAAUCCGGCGCAAGUCCUCGCCAUUUGUUUAUGUUGAUAAGCAGUGUUUGUGGAGCAACAACAAGAAAGUGCAGCUCAGAGUGAAAUUGCCACGGUUAUUAAGUGGUUGUGGUUGCUUGGUGUACGUGCAGAAAACCUAAAACAGACAUCCCGAGAAAAAGGGGAAGCAGCGCAAAAGGAGGAGGAGGAGCAGCAGCGGCGACGUCUCUGUUGUUUUUGUUUGGCUGUGAGAGAGAGGGAAAGAGCGGCGAAGAACACGCGGCUCUUUCGAAAAAAAAAGGGCGGGAAGGCCCUUUCUGCUCAAAGGAAACCAAAUCCCACUGAAUAUCCGUAACUCUGCCCGCCGGAAAUGUCAAAGGGGGGCGAGCACAAGCGCGUCACCCUCACCUCGAUCAUCCAGGGCGAUGCGGGCUUCUCGCGCUUCGGCAGCAACUUCCUGGAGCCUGAUGCUCCGUCCGCUGCACCCGAAAACAGCUCCAAACCCACGACAAAGACUGCCAAGUGCAUACGCAUCAAACUCGAUCUGUUCGAGACCGAUUCGAACAAGUAUCCCGAGUUUAACUACUCCCGGCUUUUGUAUUUGGAAAAGAAAAAGACCAAAAAGCUGAAGCAGGUGAGCACUACCAAUGGCAUCGCAGGCACUGAUCCCUUUGCCGACAACGAUGACGAUGUGGCACGGAUCGUCAAGGAGCUGGAGGCAAAGUACGGCAACUCCUAUGCCACAGGCAGGGGGAAAAGCAAAAAGGACGACUACCGGGACAUUGGAAUGGGCUACGAUGAGUCGGACUCAUUCAUCGACAACACGGAAGCCUACGACGAAAUCAUACCGGAGGAGGCGGAAACUCUGGAGGGCGGUUUCUACAUCAACUGUGGCGCACUGGAGUUCAAGAACCUCAGCAAGAAGUCCUACACCACACGAACAGAUGCCAUCAUCAAAAUGCCAGAGCGAUCACGCAAGCGCAUGGUCUCGUCCAGCUCGGAAAGCUCAUCGUCAUCCUCGGACGAUGAUGACGAAAACGAUGAUGGCAACAAUGAGGAGGAGGACGAGAGCGACUCCGAGGACGACUCCGAGGAGAAUGAUGAAAGCGACUCCGAAGACGACUCCGAGAGUGAAAGUCUCGAGGACGAGGACUCUGCUGCCACAGCCAAAUCCAGCAGCAAGUACAAAGACAAUCAUCAAGCUAAGCGGGCCAAGGUCAUCGUCACGGGCAAAUCCAAACCAAGCGCAAGUUCUUCGACGAGUGGCAAGAAGCCGCCGACUAAGCCGAUCACCACUUCCUCAUCCUCAAACUCGCCACGACCCAGCACGGUGGAGAUUUCGGACACGGAAGACGGCCAAGACCCUAUCCAGACUCAGCCAUCAAGCCAGCUUCAGGCCCUGCCGCAGAGUCAGGCCCAGGCGCAAGCUUUAAAGAAGGUGGUAAAGACCACAACGGUCAAGGACAUGCUAAAGGCCAAGCGAGACAGCUUCCUAAAGUCGCAGAGCGGCACGGCAGCUGUCAAGGGCGUCGGCAACGGCGAGCUGAAGUGUGUUUCCACCGACGUGUCCAGCAGCGACAGCAGCGAUAUGGACUCUGAGCAAGGCCGUUCAGAUAGGCAGGCCGGUCAGCAAGGCAAGGAUGGGCAGGAAAAUCUUCGUACCGCCGACACUCUGCUGCCCACCACAUUGGAUGCGGACAUUGUGACCGCAGUCAACAGCUUCAAAGAAGCGGUGAAGAGUCGAGACAUGUGCGGCAAGAAGUUUAAUCUGGAUGUGAAGCUUUCGCCACUACUGCUUCGGGUGUACGAGGCGGUGCUGUGCACGGACCGCAACGAGCGCAACAUGGUCUUCUCCCACAUCGAGUAUCAGCUGCAACUGCCGAAGUACUACAUGCUGCGCAAAGGGAAACAAGUGCGUGCGAAGGAGGAGAAGAGGAAGUCCACCAUCAUGCUGGAGAAGCUGCGGCGGGCUGUUGCUGUGGUCAUGCCUAAGGCGGUAGCCAACUAUGAGACGGAACUGCGCACAUUUGCUGAACAGGCAGCUGCGGAAGUGAACUCCGAGCUGCCGCCCAAAAUGCCGCGCAAGAAGUUUCAGUGGACCAGCGAGUUACGCCAUCUGCUGUACGAUGUGUACCAAGCGCGUUGGACGUCCUACGCUUUCCUAGCCAAGCGCAAGGACUCGUUGGAGGAGUUCAUCAAUUGGUAUCUCAAGGAAAAGGUGGUGGAACUGUGGCCGCCAGGCUGGAUGCGUUUGGAUGAGUUGCAAAGGGAAAUAAGCCGCUACAAGAACGCCAAGCUGAAAGCAAAGGAGAAGCUAAAGGCACCGCCGGCGUCUGCAUCACCCAAGCCCGUUGGGGUUGUAUCUGCUCCUGAGCAAAUACCGCCGGCAAGCAGCUACCUAAAGCCAGUGGAGGACCCUCGAUCUCGAGGUAACUCCGAUACGGACUCAGCUACAAGUGCCUCCUCCAACAGUCUGAAGCGAAAGCUGAAGGAGAUGCCCAAACAGACCAGCAAGCCGCCGAAGAAAAAGGUGGCCAAGCAGUUACCGCUGCAACCGCAACUUAAUCCGCAUCCGCAAUUCCAGCUGGCGCCUGCUGCCACGGCGGCUGUCAGUAUGCCAGCCAUUAGCAAUAACAACAACCACCUGCCCCACCUGGACACGCUGCUCUCCAUGCCGAGCACCUCGGCUCAGGCAGCAGCACUCAAUGCCGCCGCCGUAGCAGCCAGUACGGUUCUGGAUCUGGCAUCCCCUAUCCGGAAAAUGGACCUUAACACCAGCAGUAAUUUCUACAAGCUGAUCACGGCCGCCACCCAGGCAGCCAGCGGGAAUCCCAGUCCGCAUUCUGGCGACGGCCAAGCCAAGGUGAUUGUGGGAGCUCGGCCCUCUCCCCAUGUGAUCAACCUUGAUGACUAUCAAUGCACCAGCGAUAUACUUCAGACGUCCAAGCAGCUAGCUGCCACCACCACUGUCAUCACCGCCAUCUCUAAGGCCGCGCAAACGACGUCGGUGGCCAGGGAAAGCAGCAGCGAGUCGGAUGGCGUUGAGAUUGUGGGAGUUUUUCCUGCCUCUAAGCCCCAAAAGAAAGUCCAGUCUAAGCCCAAGAACAAGACUCAGAACAGAGGAAGAUCGUCCUUGGGUGCGGUAGGGCAAGUAAAUGGAUCCCUGGGCUACAGCGCGAAUAACAUGUACAUCUACAACAGCCCCAGAACGCUGGGACCAGUGUACGAUCUCACCGAUCCGCAUAUAAUGAAAACCAUGUCAAAUCUAAAGGAGAUGGAAAAGCAAUUCAUUCAAGCGGCCUUCUCGCCGAACAGCGUGAAGGGCGCAAGCGGAGGAAUGGGAUCCUCAGCGCCCAGUACGCCCACGCGCCAAUGACAUUCGGGAUCGGCCGCACAGCAGCCCCUUCCGGCUGCUGUAACGGCCUUUUACAACCAGGAGGCGAUGGCCGCCGCCAUCGUGCUUUCCACGAUGAGCCACGCCUCGCCGCGCUACGACCUGCUGGCCAACGGCUCCGUUUCCAUGUCCGCCGCCCAGGUGGGAGCCUCUGCCAACACACUGCCACAAGUAUUCGUUAAACCCAGCCUGCCGCAGCCUAGCGCUGCCGGCGAUGUGGUGACCACGACUGGAGCUGCUCGCCCAUCCACGCAACAACUGCCCACAAAGUUCAUUUAGCUAGGGUCACUCAGCUCGUUCCCUUGCGAUUCUAAUCUAAGAUUCUAGUGCUGAUUCUAGGUAGGUUUCAUUCGCAGCUGUGUCUGCCGAUUUUCCAAUUAUUGCACCAGUUUAAUUAUUGUUUCUCAUUGAGUCGUUUACCAACUAAGUCAGUGUACUAUGCAAGCAUUAAUAAAGCAAAUUUAUAUAUAUUUA